CAGCGUACCAAAAUGGCAAUUCAAAGAUAAGAUAGCCGCACCAAAAUGGCUACUGUACUUGCUCAUUCUCCGGCCAAAUUUCUCCCACCCGUAACCAACAUUUCCCAGUUCCCAGAAAACCCAAAAACCCUAAUCUUGCAACGAUGCAAAACAACCAAAGACCUGAACCAAGUUCACGCCCACCUCCUCAAAACUCGCCGCCACCUCGACCCUACGGUGAUCGAGAACCUUCUCGAAUCGGCCGCCAUCCUCCUCCCCACUCCCACCAUGGACUACGCACUAUCCAUUUUCGACAAAAUAGACGAUCCCGAUUCUUCGGCCUAUAACCUGAUGAUAAGGGCCUUCACAAUGAAGCAAUUUCCUCAAAAAGCCUUGAUCUUGUUCAAACAAAUGCUCGAAAACGCGGUUCCUUUCGAUGAAUUCACUUUCCCUUGCACUCUAAAAUCUUGUUCUAGAUUGCGUGGGAGAAAAGAGGGAAAACAGAUCCAUGCUCAGAUUGUGAAAUGUGGGUUUUGGUCUAACGGUAUUGUUUUGAACACUUUAAUUCACAUGUAUGCUAAUUGUGGUGAAAUCGAGAUAGCGAGGAAAGUUUUUGAUGGAAUGCCUGAAAGAGAUAUUUUUGCAUGGAAUUCGAUGUUUUCGGGGUAUGUUAAGAGUGGGUAUUAUGAGGAUGCCGUGAGGUUAUUCUAUGAAAUGAGGGCAUUGGGUGUUCGGUUCAAUGAGAUUACUUUGGUUAGUGUUUUGACAGCAAGUGGAAGAUUGGCUGAUAUAGAAUUGGGAGAGUGGAUUGCUGAAUACACAAGGGCAAAUGGGCUUGUUGUAAAUGUCAACUUAGUUACGGCUCUUGUUGAUAUGUAUGCGAAAUGUGGUGAGCUGGACAAAGCACAGAGAUUGUUUGACCAAAUGGAUCGACGGGAUGUUGUUGCCUGGAGUGCUAUGAUUUCUGGUUAUAGUCAAGCAAGGAGAUGUAAGGAGGCGCUUGAUCUUUUUAGUGAGAUGCAGAUUGCAAAUUUGCAUCCCAAUGAGGUUACAAUGGUCAGUGUGCUAUCCUGUUGUGCGGUCCUUGGGACCCUGGAGACUGGCAAGUGGGUUCACCUGUAUAUUAAGAAGAAGAGGAUGAAGCUCACUGUCACACUGGGAACCGCACUAAUAGAUUUCUACGCAAAAUGCGGACAAAUAGAUAGUGCAACUGAAGUGUUUCAAAUGAUGCCUUCAAAAAAUGUUUACUCAUGGACAGCCCUAAUUCAGGGUCUUGCUAAUAACGGGCAAGGAAAAAAAGCUCUCAAGUUUUAUCAAUUGAUGCGGGAAAGAAAUAUUGAGCCAAAUGAUGUAACUUUCAUUGGAGUUCUUUCUGCAUGUAGUCAUGUUGGUCUGGUUGACGAGGGUCAUGAGUUUUUCAACAGCAUGAGUAAAGAAUUUGGUAUUGAACCAAGGAUGGAACACUAUGGUUGCAUGGUAGACAUCCUUGGCAGAGCUGCAUUGAUCAAAGAGGCUUAUCAGUUCAUAAAGAAAAUGCCUUUCCAACCGAAUGCUGUUAUUUGGAGAACACUGCUGGCUUCCUGUAGAGCUCAUAAAAAUGUUGAAAUUGGGGAGGAGGCAGUCAAACAACUAGUUAGUUUGGAGCUUAUGCAUAGUGGGGAUUACAUUCUGUUGUCUAAUAUUUAUGCAUCAGUGGGGAGGUGGGAGGACGCAAUGAGGACAAGGAAUCAGAUGAAAGAGAGGGGAAUCAAGAAAACACCUGGUUGUAGUUUAAUUGAGUUGGAAGGAGAGAUUUACGAAUUUUUGGCUGAAGAGAAUGCAUAUCCGCUGAAGGAAGUUUAUUGCGCCGCCGAAGACAUGAUAAAACAAAUCAAGGCCGCUGGAUAUGUCCCAAACACAGCAGAUGCAAGAAUAGAUGCAGAAGAAGAUGAUAAGGAAGCUGCAGUUUCUCAUCAUAGUGAGAAGCUGGCCAUUGCAUUUGGUCUUAUAAGAACUCCUCCUGGAGCUACGAUUAGAAUAUCCAAAAAUCUGAGAGUGUGUACUGAUUGCCACAAUGCAGCAAAAAUAAUAUCAAAGGUAUAUAAUAGAGAAAUUGUUCUUAGGGAUCGAAACCGCUUCCACCACUUCAAAGAGGGGUCAUGUUCUUGCAAUGACUAUUGGUAAAACUGGAUGCCUUUUGUGUUGGUCAACGACUUCUUUAGGUUUUAAUCUAGCGAGUGUAUGCACUCAGAAUUGAAAUUUAAUUAAUUUUAGUUAAGUUUCCAUUUA